AUGCCUGGAGUUAGUGCUGUAGAGUGGAAGUGGAAAGGGCCGGUGAGGGGGAGAAAAGGGUCUUUUGUGUUUUUAAAGAAAGAUGUUGACCGUCCAUUCAAGCAGAGGAAAAGUUUAGCCUCUUGGAUGCAGGAAACAACUGAUAUCAGGACAAAGUAUCCAAGCAAGAUUCCAGUGGUGCUUGAGCGUUACCAGAAGGAGAAGACACUCCCUCAGUUGAGGCGGGUCAAAUUCCUGGAUUCAGGGGAUCUAUCUAUGUCUCAAUUUGUCUACAGUCUGAGGGCCCGCCUGUCCCUGACAGCCACUCAAGCCUUCUACCUGCUGGUGGACAACAAGAGCCUGCCCUGCCUGAGCCUGACUGUUUCAGAGGUCUACACAGCCAACAAAGAUGAUGACGGCUUCCUCUACAUUACCUAUGCAUCUCAAGAUACGUUUGGUGAUGUUGGCCCAUGA